CGCGUUCAUGUGUAUUUAACUUUUUGGCUUCUUUUUUAUCUUUUUCUCUCUUCACUCCUCUUCUUUUCUUCUUUACUGCCGAUAACCUCAAAAUCCGCGUUCUUGUCUUUGCUCAAUCAAAUAAUGACGUACCCACCAUCGCAAUCGGAUGCAGAUCGCGAGGCUUUACUAACUGAUGCCAUUGACUGGGCACAAGCGCAUGGCCUUCUGGUUCGACCGUCUCAGGACAAAGUUGCCGAUUUUGCUAAUCACAGUCUGGUGACGCACGCCCCUUUUACCCUUUACCCGACACCCUUCCCGCGCGCAGAGUUCGAAAAGGCAAAGGGGCUGCAACAGCCCUGGAACACCCUUAUUCAUAAACUGAGCGAGGACGAUGCUCUUAUCUCUGAAGUUAUGGAGUCACUGUCAGAGGUUGAUGAUUUCAUGCAAAAACUGUACGAUAUAUACCUCAAAGUGAAGGAAGAAGGCGUUGCGCAGAAAGCCUCUCUGGGCAUCCAUCGUUGCGAUUAUCUGCUCCAUGCUGAACCAGGCGCUGAUGCAAAGACUGCACGUAUACAGCAAGUAGAAUUUAAUACGAUUGCAUCGAGUUUCGGCAGUUUAAGCACAUGGACUAGCAAAUUACACAGAUAUCUGUUACAGGCUUCUGAGCGAUAUGCCGGCGGACUAAUCAACAUAGAUCAACUACCCGAAAAUCGCUCUAUCCAAGCGAUUGCCGGUGGCAUCGCUAGUGCUUGGAAACUCUAUGGCAACCCCAAUGCACGUGUCAUGAUGGUUGUGCAGCCAGGCGAACGCAACGCGUUUGAUCAGCGAUGGAUAGAAUAUGAGCUAUUAGAAAGUCACGGCAUCCGCUUAUUGCGUCGCACAUUAGAGGAAAUUGAGGACAGUGGGAAACUCGAUGCAAAAUCCAAAACUUUGACAAUUGAGGGUCAUGAAAUUGCGGUCGCAUAUUUCCGUUCUGGGUAUGCUCCAACGGAUUUCCCGUCACACAAGGAAUGGGCAGCAAGACUCAAAGUAGAGCGAUCCCUUUCGAUUAAAUGCCCUACUGUCGCAUAUCAAAUCGUUGGUGCCAAAAAGGUUCAGCAACUGCUCUCCGUUCCUGGACGAUUGGAACGCUAUGUCGAUGUUUAUACUGCAGAACUUUUGCGCGAAUCAUUCACUGGUCUCUACCCUUUCGACAGUUCACCACAAGGCCAGCAGGCAUACAAAUUGGCAUUGCAAAGCCCCGAACGCUUUGUCAUGAAGCCUCAACGUGAAGGCGGUGGCAACAAUAUUUACGGCGAUGAUAUCGUCGAAGCAUUGAAUAAAUUGUCAAAUGAGGAACGCACAGCAUUUAUCCUCAUGGAAUUGAUACGUAGCCCGCCGUUAGAGAAUUUGAUGGUGCGUGAAGGCAAGCUGAUUGAAGGAGAAGUUGCCAGCGAGCUUGGCAUCUAUGGCAUUUAUCUAAAUGAUGGUGACAAGGCCAGCGUGAAUGAGAUCGGAGGGCAUUUGCUUCGUACUAAGGCACAUGCAACAAAAGAGGGUGGUGUUGCUGCAGGUUUUGCUGUUAUUGACAGCCCACUGUUAGUAUGACGGUGAUGAUACUUUUUUUUGCUCACUUAAAUUAAACAAUUGUAGUUCAAUGUAUUCUAUAUGUUUCAACUCUCUCCUUGAACUUUUAUGUAUAUAAUUGGUCAUUGUUGAUGCAUAUACUGUGUUUGGCUUUGUUCGGGCGUAUCAUAGUUAAAAUGGGGUUUUCGUGAUAUUAAUCCACCCCGAUAAUCCCUAAUAAACGAUUCCUUUGGAGC